AUGAAAAUAAGUGACAAAGAAAUAUUUGGUAAUUUUGGAAAUGGCACGAAUGAUAUGGACAUCAUACAGGCGGAUAAUUCAAUUCAAAUGAAAUGCUAUGAAUCCGUUAAUUUUCAAACAUUUCAGAAAACGGUAGAUGAUUUGUUAUUAGCAGCAAGUGUUGCAGCAACUGUUUUCAAUGUUUUGGUAAUUUUUUGUGCUAUAAAAUUACUUCGACGAAGUGGCGAUACGAUGCAUAUAUUUAUUAUUAGUAUGACCGUUGGUGACUUAUUACUUACAGUAUUUUGUCAUCCAAAUGAAUUCCUGAUUCGUAAACAUGAAUUUCUGCGACAUGCGCUUCUAUGUGCAAUAACUCAUUUUUGCAAUUGGUUAGGCUUAGCAGUAUCAGGCUUAUCACUAACAAUGCUCAAUCUUGACAAGCUCAUUUAUUUUCAAUGGCCAUUAAGCUACGAUCGUACAAUGUCAAAAAAAAGGGCUUCUAUUUUAUGCGCAUUUAUUUGGAGCAUUUCAGUCGGAUAUGUGACAUGGGUUUGGAUGUUCAAUGUUGUUUACAUCGGUAAAAACUGCAAUUUACAAAUGACUGGUGAUCAGAUGUAUUUUUACGACAUAUUUAUGGUAACUUAUUGUGUAUUGCCAGUAACCUCAUCUCUAAUUCUUAGUGGUUAUUUAUAUCAACUUACUCAUGAAAAACGUCAUAAUGGAGUUUCUAUGGGACAAUCACAAAAGUUUAAAAGUAAAAUGAAAUCACUGGUGUUUAUUUUUGCUACAACAUUGUGGACAUCAUUCAGCUUAUUACCGUAUCGCAUUUUCAAUAUUUGUCGAAUGCAUUUAUUAGAAUGGAAUACAUUAGAUUGCGAUACACAGUCUAAAAUGAAUUGGCUUGCUCACGUGCUACUCUAUCUACUUUUCUUGAAUCCGAUAAUCAAUCCUUUGAUAACUGGACUAAUAUAUGCACCAUAUCGAGUAACAUUGAAACGAUUUUUAUUCAGCAUUCCUAAUCGAAAUCGUUCAUCAUAUAGUUAUCGUAAUGAUCAAACUGAUUUGAGCUAUACAUGUGCCUGUAACAGACGAUCACGAGGAUAUCGCGAUUCGGAGAUAACUUUGGAUAAUGAAAUGAUGAGCUUGAAUCAAACAAUGCAAACUGGAAUGAAUGUCAAUACAUCCAGUGAAGGCUCAUGA